AAAGGCGGCCAUCCCGCCCAGGCGAGGCGGAGCCAUGACGAAGCACCUCUUCCAGCCGGGACGGAGCGCUCCGCCCUGUCCCCGCUCAGCGCUGCCGCUUUAACCGCCCGCCGUGGGUGUUGGCCGGGCGCAGUGCGCAUGAGUUCGGUGCUUGGAGGAGCCGGUGUUUGGCUUGAGAGCACUUGGAGAACUUGUUGUCCUUCUAGCUCAUCUGUUGUCUCUAUUAGGAGAGGAGCGGGUUUACUGCCAGCAGCCGAAAUGAAUGCAACUAGCAACGCUACGUAACACGCUGAUGGCAUCCUGUGCUGCGUUGGGAUCGAUAAGUCCAGAAGGUGUGAUGCCUAGAAAUCUCCUGUCAGAUUUUCCUGAAGCAACCCCUGAAAUCUCUCCGAAGCGCACACCUGGGAGCAUGGAGAGGGGUGGUGGUGUGGAGAAUUGUGGCAACCAAGCUAGAUGCAAAAGCCUUGCCAUGGAUGAUGAGAGUAUGAAGUACUUAACUCAUGAAGAGCAGGAUGUUCUCACCUUCUUUGAGGAAACCAUAGAUGCCUUAGAGGAUGACUUGGAGGAACCGGUCCUACGUGACAGUGGCAUCCACUGUCAGUCCCCAAGGUCAACGGAAGAAAAUCUGUCCAGUCAUUCAGAGACUGAAGAUAUCAUCGACUUAGUGCAGUCGACACCUGAGAGCAGUGACCAUGAAGGCCCUCCCAGCAAAGAUGCAGAACCAGUGCUGGAUGCCACCCAGAGAACUGAGAGCCCCGAGCCGGCCGUACCUGCUGACCUUCCCCCUCAUCCCUCUGUACCACCACCGCAGACGUGUGAGACGCUCCCUCCUCCGCCUCCUCCCGCAGUGCAGCAUCCAAAAUUGCUUCGCUCUGUUCCCACUCCGCUCAUCGUGGCCCAGAAGAUGUCUGAGCAGCAAAUGGAGAGCAGGGUGCGUUUCCCCAGCGCUCUGAAGGAGGGGAAUUCUGACAGGAAGAAAACUGUGGUAGCCAAUGGUGAUUGUUUUGUAGCUCCGAAGCACCCUCCUGUUCCUGCACCCAAACUGCACCGGUUUCCAAGCAAUAUCAAUAUAACAAAUGUCAGCGGCAAAGAAUUCAAUGAGACUAUCUCAAAAGCAGCAGUCAACGUACAGGAGCGGAGAGCUCAGGUGCUGGCCAACAUCAAUGGGGGAUUUCUGGCAACUGAAUUGGAGGAGAGGCAGCAAAAAAAUGAUUUCUUGUCACGCAACAGAAGUUCUUCCUUAAGGGAUCUCUCCUCUGAGCAAGCGCGCUACGAGGCCCUGACAAAACUUGGCCUUGUUAAGGGAAAGCCAGCUCAGGACGCAGUGGUUCAUGCCCCAGGUACUCAGCAGCUUGAUAUGCAGCCCAAACAGGGAGAUGCUGUUCCCAAUGGAUACCAAAACAUCCAUGAGGCUUUAAAAAGUGAGCCCAGCCCUUUCCUUCCUAUGGGCAAAACUGUAACAAUCAAACCAGAGGCAGCUCUUAAUGCUAGCAAGGUCACUCAGCAGAACACAGCAAAAGGUUUUAAUGAUUACAAGCAACCCAACCUAACCCUGGAUAUGAGGAGGAGGUCAGGUUCACUACCCAGACCUUCAGGAUUUCGAUCGCAGGGAAUAACAGUGAAGUUUUCUGGCCGUGGCUCAACAGAAGAAGCGAGGAGAGAGGCGCUGCGUAAGCUGGGACUGCUGAAAGAGACUGCGUAGUUUGGAAUGGGAACAUGACAAUGGAAGGGAAGUCAUGACUUUGGGCUGGAACAGUCCUGACAGGAUUGGGAUCAGAGUGGAAGGAGAUAUGGGAAGAUCUCUGCUUCAGGCAAGAUAAGGAGAUGCUGGUACUGCAGCAUGGCUGUGAGUUGCAGACUGGCACUGUGUAAGGCUGUGUACGUUGGUGGGUUUCAGCCCUGCUUCCUGUAGAGACACUCAUCUGUUGUUCUUUGUGAUUCAGAAGAAUUUUAUUUAAGUAAUGCUGGACUGUAGCAGAGGACAGCUUGUUAAUGAAGUGUACAGUGCAGUAUUGUUGUACAUAGAAAACUGAAUGGAGAAUCUUCCUUUUGCUCUUUUUAAAGCCAAAAAAAAUAACCAACGAGAGCUCUGUCCUGCACACGUCUGUGCUGUGGGAGCUCAAGAUAUGUCAAAACUGGAGUUUCUGACUAAUGGUGACACUUCAGUGACGCUGUCUGUAUUAUCAGGCUUUGCUUUCAUUCCCUUCUGGUGGUGACCUUCUCUGCUCCCUCGCUCUGUGCCCACUCAGCUGAACGCUGUGCAGAGGGCAGUUCCAGUUCUGACCUUCUUACUGGAGCAGCCUGAGCUUGGAGUGGGUGACUGCAUCGUUCUGCUGCUUUGCUCCAAGCUGCCUUCCUUCCUUCCUUCCUUUCUUCCCAGCUGCUGCUUCCUGGCCCUGCCCUCACACCCUGUGUCCAGUGAAAGGCACCAGACAGGCAUCAAGGAUACGCACCGUGUUGCUUUCUGCACUGACAGCCAAAGAGCCUCCUGACAAUCUGCGGCCCCAGCUGCUCUGUAUGAGAAGCCAUAGGAACGAGUCGAAUCCAUACCAAAUGUGAGAGCGUUCUGGCAGAGGUCUCACCUUUCACCUGUUACUUCUUUCAGCUGUUACUUCUCAAGCACCCGCUGUGCUGCGCUGCAAAGGUGUAAAUAAACCACGUUUGAUCUUCCUCCAGGCUCACAGACCUAAUAACCCUCUGCUCAGAGCCUUAUUUGAUUCUGCCCUGCCAAUACAUAACAGAAAUAAUAGCCAAAAUUCCUGCAGGAGAGAGUGAGAGGCAAAAGCACAUUGCUCCUGGAGGGUCCACGGUUGCGUAUUUUGCCUUCGUUCAAUAGACAAUGAUGGUCCCAAAACGUGUGCUGGUAUGGUUUGGGAUUUUGUUUUAUAGGUAUAUAUGGCAAAGCUGCUCUUCUGUAAUAAAAUUCUCUUUCUUUUUUGAACACCUGAAACUAUCAAAACCAGCCAUUUAUAAACCCCAAUGCCAAACCCCAGCCCGCCACACGGGUAGGAGUUCUCAGACUCUUUCCUUAAAGGAGAAAACUCCCUUAUUCUCUGCACUUUCCAAAGCCUCCAGCAGCCCCCUCUCUUCCCUGAGAAGCUGAGUAAUAAACCUUGGAGGGGAGUGGCAAUAAUAGAAACUGCCGCACCCUUGGUAGAGGAGCUCUGACAUAACUGUGAUAAACAAGCUCGUUAUUUCUUGUGAUCGAGUAUUUCGAACCUGCGGAGCUGUAUCUGCAAAUGAAGCUGUUGUGAAGGAAGAUCCUUUUUGUAGCUGUGAACCUGCCUCAUAAGUUAAAAGGUUUUUUGGUUGUUGUUAUUAAUUUAUCUGCUUUGAAGCUUUAAUUGUGUUGUUCCGGUGUCCACAUGGUUCUGUCACACAGUAAUUCUUUGCAGCCUUUUAGCUGGGUAAGUAAAAACACUCCUCGCUGUGGCAGCCGCACUGUAUAUAAGUGCAAAGUAACUAAGAAAUGUGACCGAUUCUCAGGCUGGCAGAGCAUCCAGAAUCAAAUGGGAGAAGUCCUGCUGGAACAAAGGUGGCUUCCUGUAUGCGGGGAGGAAAUAAUUUUUAUUUGACUGGGAUUUCAGUCUCCAGUCCUGAAUCUGAAAGAAGGUGACAGCAUGUCUCACGUGUGGACAGUGUGGGAUGCAUCAUAAUGUAUUAAUGUAACCUGCUACGUCAACCUGAAUGUUUCAUGGCCUCUGUGCUUGAGAAUGCUGUUAAAGACAACUUUACAUUACACGUGUGGGGGAUGUACAGAGCUAUCCAUCUUCACAUCUAAUCAUUCCCUGCCAGAUCUUCGCUUUGGGUUGUUUACAGCUGAGGAUCCACACUGAGAGGCAGGGGGAUGGGACUCCAAUUGUCCUCUGAAGUGCAGCCCCUUCACUGAUUCUAAUGGAAUCCCACUCAAAGAAGAGUCCGUAUCAGUUUUAAUGUCCAAUAGCUAAAGCUGCAGUGUGCUGAAGGAGCUGGGCUGUGGCCUCAGCUGCUGGGAAUGGGGACUCACAGCUUUUCAGCUUCAUCCUGCCCACGUGGAUGAGGUGUUUGUUGUAGCCUUUCACCAUAGCAGAUAUCCAGUUGGUGAACUCUUCACUGUGCCUAAAACUGUAGUGAGUAAAGCCAUGUGCUGUAUGAAGCUAUGAGUCUAGCUGCUAAUAAUCUGUACAUAACCUCAUCUCUGGUUUGUGUGUAUAUGUUGCUGUGAUAUUUUUUCCAAUGUUAGAAGUAACUUGUCUUGUCCAAAUCCAAUAAAUCCUCUAUUAAAUCGAGAUAAAACCAAUGAA